AUGACGGCUGCUCCUCGGAAAAUGCUGUACUUUUGGGCCUUCUUGUUCAUUGUUCUUCAAGAUGUUUUGUUUUUGCACGCAAAGAAGCUCUUUGAUGGCAAGGCGGAUCUAGCGAAGGCGGAUGUUGUCGUUGUCGACAGUGUGAGCCGCACAGACGUACCCAAGAGCUCAAACCCUAAUGGCCAAAUAAUAUACAUAAAGCGAGGCGGAGGUUCGGUGGCGAACAUCGGCACCAACCCCAUGACAACGAUAAUCAACGACGCGAAGGAGUUUCCCGUGCACAUUUCUUUUUCUACGGAAAGAACGACAGAAACACGAAUUAGAAUUGAAGACAACACCGGCACACUUGUUGAAAACCCCAGCGCUCCACCCAGCCGUCGCACCCCCAGGCCAGCUGAUCCCAUAGAGCAACAACGCAUGCAGAAAAAAAUCAUGGAGCAUACGGGUUUUCUGCCUGCAGCUGCAGACAUGAUAUAUGAGAACGGAAAGGGCAAGAAAGUUGAACUCAUGGAGAGCGACAACCCCGAAGGACUGCUGGUGGAGGUACACCGCGCGAUUAGCCUCAGCAACGUUGGGGGGGCCCCUGUAACCUUCUUGGCGAACUUGGCGCAAGAGGGGGCAGUGGUGUAUGAGCUGUCGCCGUCCUUUAGUAGUUCACGGCGUUUAAUUGAUGCGGUGCGCGCAGAACAGCAAGCCCUUCUGUGCUUGCUGCAGGAGAUAGAGCAGUGCAACAGCAGCAACAACAGCAAGUUGUCGCUGAAGGUUUUCCAUCUGCAGCAGCUAGCUGCAGUAAGAGGAGCAAGUUACCUGCGGCUGCAGCAGCAUCCUGCGGUGGCUCGGCUGAUUGAUGAUCUGACAGCUGCAGCAGCAGCAUCCUCAGCAGCAUCAGCAACAGCAACAGGAACAGCAGCAGCAGGAGAGUUGUCUCCGCCGCAGCUGCAUGCCUUGAAGGGCGGCCUGUCUGUGGCGGAGGCCUGCAGCAGCUUGCGGUGUUUUGCUGCUGCUGCUGCUGCAGUGGACCGCAUGCAUUUAGCAGCACUGAUGCAGCACGUGCUGCGCGACGCCGGGCAGGUGAACGAGUUCGACGCCGCCUGUCUCUUGUACACCAUCCGCAAGUGUCGAUUUAACCCUAGAGCGGAGGCGGAGCAGCAAAUUGAGGUGUUAGAUGAAAAGUCUGCACACUCAGCAGCAGCUUCAACUCCAGACACGGCCUCCCGCAGCAGCAAAAGCCGCCGCAGCAGCAGCAGCAGCAGCAGCAGCAGUAGCAACAGCAGCAGCCUGAGCAAGAUCAGUUUUAAGGUGCUGCGGGUUUGUGCGUGGGCAUUAGAACAGCGAGCAGCAACAGCAACGGCGAAGUCCCUUGUCUGCUGCUUGUAUGAAUACGCGCUGCUUCAGCUGCUGCCUUGGAGGCUGUUUCUGCUGUUGCUAAAGCGGUUGCAGCAGAAGCAGCAGCUGCAUCAGCUCGAUGGUCAGGGCCUCGCUCUGUUGGCUUUGUCGCUGUCGCUACUGCAGCAGCGGGACACCAAAAUCAUGAGGCGGAUAGGCUUGCUGCUGCAGCAGCAGCAGCAGCCGCAGCAGCAGCAGCAACGGCUGUUUUUUGCUGCGCCUGUGCAGAGGAAGCAAGGGAGGCAGCAAGCCGUUUCAGCACAUAGCCUGUGUUUGCUGCUGCAUGCAGCAGCAAAACUCCAGCUGAGGGAGACAGGUCUCAUUCAGGCUGUCUGCAAGCAUAUAGAAGGACUGACAGCUGCCGUUCUGGCUGUCGUUUUCACCAGUGGUGUUGCUUAUAUUGCCGCUGCUGCUGCUGCUGCUGCUGCUGGUGUUGCAGCUGAUAUUGAGGGGGAGAGACGCAAUAACCUUUCGCCGUGCGCAAUCGCUUUGGGAGCCCUCGGGGCCUCAAAGGCUGCAGCUGCAGACCCCCACACUCUCAGCGCUCUCCUCAGCCAAGCCCUCUGCUUGCAGCGUGGAUUCACUGGCCAGCAGCUUGUAAACUUGUUGGACGGAGUUGCCCUUUCUAGGCGUUCGAGGGAGCACACCGCAGCUUCUUUGAAACUGCUUGAAGUGUACAUACGGCUCGGGGAGCAGAGCCCUGUCUGCAGGGCAAACCAGCUGCGGCGCAUCGCCUUUACCUUCUUGCUAGAGAAUGCGGAUGCGCUCGCCGCUGCUCCGCGGUCUCUGCAGCUCUUCAUUGAGGAUCACCAGGAGCCUUUCUGUGCAGUGGAGCCUCAGGCGUAUCAUCAGACCCUAACCAAAGCGCUGCAUCACCUUCUGGGCUUCACUCCGUCAGGGCCUCAGCUUGUGGGGCCUUACACGGUGGACGUACACCUAAAAGCGCAGGACACUGGCGAGCCCCUUUCAAGGCUGUUGCUGCAGCAGCAGCAGCAGGAACAGGAGAGGCAAGGCCUGGCUGUGGGCAGCUUCAGCACCAGCGGCAGCAGCAGCAGCAACAACGGUAGCAAGGGGCGCGACAUUUGUUUGGACUUGCUGUCUGAGAGCUGUUACUGCCCUCUGUCUGGGGAUCUGUUGGGGGCCCCUCUGCUGAAGGCGCGGCAGCUGCAGCAGCUGGGUUUCCUGUACAGCAGCAUCAGGAGACGCGAGUGGCUGAGAGCGGAUGCAGCGGAGCAGCAGCAGCUGCUGCUUCGCGCGCUGCAGCAAGCAGCAAGUGCCAGCAGCGGGACAAGUGCAUAG